CCAGUGCUUUCAAGGUGAGGACUUUAGCCGCUAGGCCACACUGCCGGGCCCGGAGCAUUAGCUUUUAAAGGCAGUGAAAUAAGAAGAGAAUUGAUUAUCGCACUUGUUACCAUUUCCAGUUCUCUCAUUUUAAGUUCAUUCUGUUUUGUUUCACAUUACCGAUCUGAGAUUUCCAAUGUUUGUUUAUCUUGGCUAGAAAAAGGGCCAGUAUUGUGUUUUUAAACUCUUAUUUAUACAUGUACUGUUUGGGGAUUUCUGAUUUGGAAAAUGUGAAAAUUAAAUAUAUCUGGAGAUCUUAAUAUCCAGAGAUGCCUUCAUUUCAUGCUUUUUGAUUUUCCUCAAAGAUUGUUCUGUCACAUGUUUUCAAAAUACUUUUCAUCUUUUAAAGAUUUAUAUAAAUGAAUGAAAUGUAUUCUUUGAUGUAUCAAAAUUUACUGUUGGAUUUACUCAGUGUCUCAUAGAUAACUGGUUUGGUGACCUCUCAAUUUCUACACGCGAAGCUGACGUGUCCUUAGUGCUGUGGUCUAGGCCCCCUGUGUGCUGGCCUCCCAUGGUCAUGUCACUGAGACAGUGCUCUGGUUAUCUAGAAAAAUAUGAGAAAGUUCAUCAUUUUGGGGAGGAUGAUGAGGAGGUACCACCAGGCAAUCCAAAGCCACAGCUUCCCAUUGGUGCAAUUCCAUCUUCCUACAAUUACCAGCAACACAGCGUGUCAGAUUAUUUACGGCAAAGUUAUGGGUUAUCUAUGGACUUUAAUUCGCCAAAGGAUUAUAACAAGUUGGUGCUCUCGCUGCUCUCUGGACUCCCGAAUGAAGUGGAUUUCGCUAUCAAUGUGUGCACUCUCCUGUCGAAUGAGAGCAAGCAUGCCAUGCAGCUGGAGAAAGACCCUAAGAUCAUCACUCUGUUACUUGCUAAUGCAGGGGUGUUCGAUGACACUUUGGGAUCCUUUUCCACUGUGUUUGGAGAAGAAUGGAAAGAGAAGACGGAUAGAGAUUUUGUGAAGUUUUGGAAAGAUAUUGUUGAUGAUAAUGAAGUGCGUGACCUCAUUUCGGACAGAAACAAGUCUCAUGAAGGCCCGCCAGGAGACUGGAUUUGGGAGUCCUUGUUCCACCCGCCCCGGAAGCUCGGCAUCAACGACAUCGAAGGCCAGCGGGUCCUUCAGAUCGCGGUGAUCCUGCGCAACCUUUCCUUUGAGGAGGGCAACGUGAAGCUCCUGGCAGCUAACCGCACCUGUCUGCGCUUCCUGCUGCUCUCGGCACACAGCCAUUUUAUUUCUUUAAGGCAGUUGGGCCUUGACACAUUAGGAAAUAUUGCAGCUGAGCUUUUAUUGGACCCUGUUGAUUUCAAAACUACUCAUCUGAUGUUUCACACUGUUACGAAAUGCCUGAUGUCGAGGGACAGGUUUCUGAAGAUGAGGGGCAUGGAAAUUCUGGGAAAUCUUUGCAAAGCAGAGGACAACGGCGUUCUGAUCUGUGAAUAUGUUGAUCAAGAUUCCUAUCGCGAGAUCAUUUGUCAUCUCACUCUGCCAGACGUGCUGCUUGUAAUCUCAACACUUGAGGUGCUAUACAUGCUCACCGAAAUGGGAGAUGUUGCUUGCACAAAAAUCGCAAAAGUAGAAAAGAGUAUAGACAUGUUAGUGUGUCUGGUUUCUAUGGAUAUUCAGAUGUUUGGCCCUGAUGCUUUAGCUGCAGUAAAACUCGUAGAACAUCCAAGUUCCAGCCAUCAAGUUUUGUCUGAAAUCAGGCCACAGGCUGCGGAGCACAUCCCAACCCCAGCGCCCGUCGCUUCUGCCUCCGCUUCCAGAGCGGCUGUAACGCAGCAUGUCACUCCGCCUCCGGGAAUAGUGGAAAUAGACAGUGACAAGUUUGCUUGCCAGUGGCUAAAUGCUCAUUUCGAAGUAAAUCUAGAUUGUUCUGUUUCUCGGGCAGAAAUGUAUUCUGAAUACCUCUCAACUUGCAGUAAAUUAGCUCGUGGUGGAAUAUUAACAUCAACUGGAUUUUAUAAAUGUCUUAGAACGGUCUUCCCGAAUCACAGCGUGAAGAGAGUGGAGGACCCCAGCAGCAGCGGGCAGGCCCACAUUCACGUGGUGGGCGUCCGGCGGAGGGCCAUCCCACUCCCCAUUCAGAUGUACUACCAGCAGCAGCCCGUGUCUGCUCCUGUGGUCCGUGUUGAUUCUCUCGCUGACGGCUCCGCAGCUCCUGCACCUGCAGGAAUCCCUCACGGAUCACAAACUGUAGGAAACCAUUACCAGAGGGCUCAUGUUACCAAUCAGUCUUCAAAUUUGACUGCAACACAAAUGUCUUUUCCUGUACAAGGUGUUCAUACUGUGGCACAGACUGUUUCAAGAAUUCCACCAAAUUCUUCAGUUCACACUCACCAGCAGCAAAAUACUCCAGUGACUGUCCUUCAAAAUAAAGCUCCAGGUCCUUGUGAAGUUGUUAAGGCUGCCGUGAUCCAGAACUCUGUGCCCCAGACAGCAGUUCCUACACACCUUGCCCAGACUUCGGUGGUACAGAAUCACAGUGCAGGGCCCCAGCCUGUUACAGUUGUGAAUUCCCAGACGUUGCUUCACCACCCAUCUGUAAUCCCACAGCCGUCUCCAUUGCACACCGUGGCACCAGGACAGAUAGCUUCAGGCACCCCCGUUACGGUCAUCCAGCAAGCGCUCCCACAGAGUCACAUAUUUGGCAGAGUACAGAAUAUACCAGCAUGUGCUUCUGCAGUUUCACAGGGCCAGCAGUUGCUCACCACCUCACCCCAACCUGUGCAGACUUCAUCCCAGCAGGCAUCAGUUGGUAGUCAGCCACAAGACACUGUUAUCAUAGCACCCCCACAGUAUGUAACAACUUCUGCAUCCAAUAUUGUCUCAGCAGCUUCAGUGCAGAAUUUUCAGGUAGCUACUGGACAAAUGGUUACUAUUGCUGGUGUCCCAAGUCCGCAGCCCUCGAGGGUAGGGUUUCAGAACAUUGCACCAAAACCUCUCCCUUCUCAGCAGGUUUCAUCAACAGUGGUACAGCAGCCUAUUCAACAACCACAACAACCGGCCCAACAAAGUGUAGUGAUUGUAAGCCAGCCAGCUCAACAAGGUCAAACAUAUGCUCCAGCCAUUCACCAGAUUGUUCUGGCCAAUCCUGCAGCUCUUCCAGCUGGUCAGACAGUUCAGCUUACCGGACAACCGAACAUAACUCCAUCUUCUUCACCAUCACCUGUCCCAGCUACUAAUACCCAAGUCCCUCCUGCCCCGUCAUCCUCCACCCCCCAGCCACAGGGACCACCCCCUACUGUCAGUCAAAUGCUGUCUGUAAAAAGGCAGCAGCAGCAGCAGCACUCGCCCGCAGCACAGCAGGUCCAAGUGCAGCAGCAACAGCAAGUCCAGGUGCAGGUUCAGCCUCAGCAAGCAAAUGCCGGAGUUGGGCAGCCUGCUUCUGGGGAGUCGAGUCUGAUAAAACAGCUGCUGCUUCCAAAGCGGGGCCCUUCAACUCCAGGUGGUAAGCUUAUUCUCCCGGCCCCACAGAUUCCUCCCCCCAACAAUGCAAGAGCUCCCAGCCCUCAGGUGGUCUACCAGGUGGCCAACAACCAAGCAGCAGGCUUUGGAGUACAGGGCCAGACUCCAGCUCAGCAGCUGUUGGUUGGGCAGCAGAAUGUUCAGUUGGUCCAAAGUGCAAUGCCACCCACUGGGGGAGUGCAAACUGUGCCCAUCUCGAACUUACAAAUAUUGCCAGGCCCGCUGAUCUCCAACAGCCCAGCGACCAUUUUCCAAGGGACAUCUGGCAACCAGGUAACCAUUACAGUUGUGCCAAAUACGAGUUUUGCUACUGCAACUGUGAGUCAGGGAAACGCAUCUCAGCUCGUGGCUCCAGCAGGGCUUGCCAUGAGCGGUCCGCAGGCAGGAGUCGGGCUUCAGAUGCAGACGCUUCCAGCCGCACAGGCAGCGCCCGCGGGACAGUCCUCAUGUGCCCCCGCUGCUCCCCCAUUCAGAGGCGACAAGAUCAUUUGCCAGAAGGAGGAGGAAGCCAAGGAAGCAACAGGUUUACAUGUUCAUGAACGCAAAAUUGAGAUCAUGGAGAACCCAUCCUGCCGGCGAGGAGCCGCCCACACCAGCAAUGGGGAUACACAGGAGAGUGAGAUGCCAGUGGGAAGUCUGUUGAACGGGAAGAAGUACAGUGACUCUAGUCUACCUCCUUCAAACUCAGGGAAAACUCAGGGUGAGACUCAUCAGGGCUCCCUGGUAAGCAAUGGGCCAUUGAUCGACUUAAGUGAGAAUGGAGCCUCUGGAAAACAGAACUCAGAGCCGAUGGACAUACAGGAUGUCAAAAGUGAUUUGAAAAAACCCAUGGUUAAUGGAAUCUGUGAUUUUGAUAAAGGAGAUGGUUCUCAUUUAAGCAAAAACAUUCCAAAUCACAAAACUUCCAAUCAUGUAGGAAAUGGUGAGAUAUCUCCAGUGGAACCACAAGGGACUUCAGAUGCCACUCAGCAUGACACUGCCAGAGGUGACCAGCUGGGAAGGGUUUCCAAUGGACCUGUGUUAACUUUGGGCGGGUCGCCGUCCGCAAGCAGUGUACAGGAGUCUGUGAAUGUGGCAACACAGCAGUCUGGUAGUACUGAUUUGCCCAAUGGACCUCUAGCUUCAAGUUUGAAUUCAGAUGUGCCUCAGCAACGCCCAAGUGUAGUUGUCUCACCGCAUUCUACAGCCUCUGUUAUUCAGGGGCAUCAGAUCGUAACAGUUCCCCACUCAGGACCGCGCGUGUCCCAUUCUGCCCUGUCCGCUGACAUUCGCUCUGCAAAUGGCACAGCAGAGUGCAAACCUGCCAAGCGGCCAGCGGAAGACAGUGACAAGGAGACAGUCCCAGGAAUUCCAAGUAAAGUCGGAGUUCGAAUUGUUACAAUCAGUGACCCCAACAACGCUGGCUGUAGUGCCACGAUGGUCGCUGUGCCGGCAGGAGCGGAUCCAAGCACUGUAGCUAAGGCAGCGAUAGAGAGCGCUGCUCAGCAAAAGCAGCAGCAUCCUCCGGCACAUGUACAGAAUGUGGUCCCGCAGAGCACUCCCAUGCCUCCUUCACCAGCUGUUCCAGCUCAGGGCCAGCCUGGCACUUGUCAGCCUCCUCCAUCCGGUGCAUCCGGGCAGCGCGGAGACGCAGUGGGAAAGCCUGGACAGAACUUCAUGUGUCUGUGGCAGUCUUGUAAAAAGUGGUUUCAGACGCCCUCGCAGGUGUUCUACCAUGCCGCUACCGAGCACGGGGGCAAAGACGUCUACCCAGGCCAGUGUCUGUGGGAAGGCUGUGAGCCCUUCCAGCGGCAAAGGUUUUCUUUCAUCACCCACUUACAGGAUAAGCACUGUUCGAAGGAUGCCCUGCUUGCAGGACUAAAGCAGGACGAACCAGGACAAAUGGGAAGUCAAAAAUCUUCUACCAAGCAGCCAGCUGGAGGGGGCACAGGCUCUGCCCCGCGAGCCCAGAAGGCCAUUGUGAACCACCCCAGCGCCGCCCUCAUGGCCCUGAGGAGGGGGUCCCGAAACCUCGUCUUUCGUGACUUCACAGAUGAAAAAGAGGGACCAAUAACUAAACACAUCCGACUAACAGCUGCCUUAAUCCUAAAAAAUAUCGGUAAACACUCAGAGUGUGGUCGCAGAUUGCUAAAGAGACAUGAAAACAACCUAUCCGUGCUUGCUAUAAGCAACAUGGAAGCUUCCUCCACCCUUGCCAAAUGCCUUUACGAACUCAACUUCACAGUGCAGAGCAAAGAGCAAGAACAAGACUCGGAGAUGCUGCAGUGAAACCCCGCUGGGACAGUGGGGACUCCAAGUCAGACACAUUUCACACACUGGUAAGGAAGCACCACGUCUUCAUGGAACAGAGAACAUAGAAUGAAUUAUUCUCACUCCUCCGUGAGCUGAGAGGAAGUCCGUAUUCUGAUCUCUGAGCGAAUCCCUUUGUUCUGUUUUUAAAAAGUCCAAGAGGAGAAAGAACUGCUGUGGGGAUUGUCAGCCAGCUCGUCUGCAGGACGCCCACCAGCCCUGACGUCCUGAUGGAAGCGCUGUGGUCAGAAUUCAGUACCAUCCACAUUGGAACAUACAUGGAAUCUUGUAAAACCUUUCACGAGCAGAUGAAAUAGAAGCAUUAAAUAUUUUUAUCUAUAUCCAAAAAGGAGCACAUUUUUAUAUUUACAAAACCAUUUAAGCUGGUUUGAAUAAUUAAAAAAAAAAAGUUUCAGCACACUUCACCCCCAGUCUCAGAGGGGGCACCAGUAUCUAGCUAUGGAUUGUGUGUUUUGUUUAGAAAUCAGUAGCUUGGUUUUCUUACUUGAGCCAAUAUAUUUUCACUUAUUUAUUAUCAUAAAAAUUUACCAGUCGGAAUAGAUUCUGUAAAUACUUGUGAAUAGAAGGAACUCCUUCCGUGGCGCCACGGCAGCCACUGGAGCGCUGCCCGUGGCCCGUGACCGGGCGGCUGCUCGCCAGAUCCUGUAAAUACCCGCAAGGUACUCGUGCUGUACAGGCAGUUUGUGGGACUGUGAUUUUGUUUUGUUUUUCCUGUUUUGUAUUAUACACCUUGUAGAACUCAUUUUGCUGGCUGAAAGAGUAUGGAAUAAUAUAUCUCAUGUCAUUUUUGUAGAAGCUCUUUGGAGGUAUUUUUUGGUUUCUCCCUAACAUGUACCCAUGGUAAGCGUCUGUCCUGUGCAAGCUCUGGGCUUGCGCAGAAUUUUUGUAUUUGUAAAUUGGUUUGAAUACAUGGGAUUUUAUACAGGCUCUCUGCUGUGCGUCGAUGCAUUCUGUGCACAACUCUCCACUCCUUUUCUAUCUUCCUAGAGUGCGGGGUUUAUUGUCUAAUUCUCCAUUCUUAAUACUGCACCACAUUCCUGCUCCAACCUGCCCUUCCCGCAGCUCUCCCAGCGUGAAAUGUACCGUUUUAACUGCCCGUUGCUGUUGGGCGAGCGUCCACGCCGUGGGCACCUCCCACCACCGUCCCUGCUGUGUCCUUAGGGUGCACACUACGACAUCUGGACCUGACAGUUUCUGUUCUAGAAUGGCUUUAUUUACUUUGGUGACUGUUCAUAGUUUUUAAAUAAAAGACUGAACAUUU